CCAUGUUGAUCCAAAGCUCGUGCGUCCCCUAUAGGAUUCAUUCAGUUCACGAUUGCUAUGGGAUCAUAGUACACCUCGAACCAGCCGACGGGUGGGCUGACGAGGAAAACGGCACACCGAGCUAUGACAGCACACUGGAUGUUGAUGACUUGCCUUCUUCACUGGAGGAUGGCAUGCUGUCUCCAGAGGACAACUUCGACCUUCUUGACGACGUGGUUCCGAAUGCAUUCUUGCCCGGUAUGAAAAAGGGAGCACGUAGUAGAUCAUGCAGUAGGUUUGAAGAAGAGAUGUUCAUGAUGGAGCUCGAUGGGUGAUGGUUCAACACAUGAAUCUGACCCCAUCCAUCCUGUUGAAAGUGUAGAAUACUCAGACAUGUUCGACUUAACGUGAUUGUUGUUACGCGGUGUGUAAAUAUGUAUUAGAUGAGAGAGGUUCAAUUGCAAGAUGAGAAAGGUUCAAAAGGCAUACAGCAUGUAAUGAAGUGAUCAUUGAA